GCCGGUUCUUGUCUCAGAAAAGCAUACCGUCCUUCAUAUUUAAGCCGACCGCGGACGAACCGCUGGGCCGCGCGCGGAAGAGGCUGGGCAUCGAGCUGCAAAGCUGCCAAACCGUUGCGCCUUCCUUUGUCUCAAGCCAAAGCUUUGCCUCAGACAAAUUCCGUUUUGUGAAUCCCAAAUUCCCAGAUGUCGGAAAGAUGCAGAACAGACUUUCAUACGUUUGUUGCUUGUCUUAGAUUUAAGUGUUCGUCGCGCGAAGGCGGACUUCCGUAGCUCAUUGCGUUUCCGUCGAAAGUGAAUCCCGAAGGUUCCCUUUAUGCAUUUCCUUUUUUUCGCGGCACCGUCCGGUGGUUUUGUCGUGUUGUCGUCUCUUCGUUUCCAUAGCAUUCAGCCAAUCGUUCUGCGAUUACCGGCAGGCUGUCUGCGAUUGUCGUCCGCAUUCGUCGAGACAUUUCAUUCUUUUCUCAAGAACGGCUGCUGGUCUCCUUGUCUCUUUUCAGCAGGUGUUUCUUUUCUGUCUUCCACAGUUCAUCUGCCGGCAGGUGUCACGUUCCUGCCGGGUUUGUCUUCGACAAACCAAACGAAGCAAUCGACUGAGUCCGUUCGCAAAAACUCGAUUUUCUGACUCCAGUCACCGGCCCAGCGAGCACCCGCAGCCAUUUUUCUUUGAGUUCGUUGCGUAGCCGUUUCCACUGUCGCGCAGCGAUGACUUUUCCCCGUCCGUCCAGCUUGGCGUAAGUAAGGCUUCCUUUCCAAGGAACCAAUUCCUUCUCGUCCUCGUGUCUCAGAAGAAGGCAGCGGCAUCGCGUGCUGUGCCACACUGGGCAAGUCCUCGUUGGGAGUUCACCCUUGGAAGAGGGAGAAAACUCGAGUUGUUGCCAGCAUACAGGCUUUUCGAACAAAGGGGCUCGUUGGACGUCUCGAAUCUGGUUCGAGGACGGAAAACUUCACAGUUGUCCCCAAACGAAGACUUUAGACCCAGGGAGUGAAACUCGGGUGUAGAGGCCUUGUCUCCUGGGACCACGCAGUGCCUACUGCGCGCCGUUUGUGCGUCUUUGUGCUUUCUUUGAAAACUGUUUUCGCUUUUCAAGUUCCUUUUCCGACAAAAGACGCUGUCCGAGCACUUGUCCAACUUUUGAUUAUGGCUCGCGGCGCUCUCUCCCGAGUUUAUGCGGACAUCCGUCGAGGUGAAACAGUGAUCACACUGUCUUUUCGAGUAGGGAAGCAAACAAGGAGCUGUUAAAGCUGCAGGCGGGGGGGGAGCUUGUCUUUUUUCGCCCGUUGUCUGCAGACACCAGCAUGCGUCUUCACACGAUGCGCGUCUGUCGGGAUGACGGGGACUCCUACGGGAGUAGGAUAGCAUGAGCAGCAGAGCUGGAGAAUGCAGUGUGGUGAUCGAAGAGGCACGACGGUUUAGUUUUUAGCUUGAUUUGGUUGGUGUGUUUCCAGGUCUCUCCGUUUAAGCCGUGGUGCAAGUUGUCUCAGGAGCGCUCGAGUGUUUCAGCCGGUUUUGACGACAAUGCUGGCACUUCGUUCCUGUUUAGUUUCCUCUCGGUCACUUUCGUCGUUGGCUUCGUCCUCCGUUCUCGCGUCCGAGUCUCUUCUUUUCUUCUUUCUCCCGUCGCUCCGCAUUCUCAGGACCCUCUCGCCGCGCCACGGGUCCACCACUCACUCGGCUGGUUUUGCCUGUCACCCCCGUUCUCUCCCCUUUUCUCAGAAGAGUUCUUUCCACUCGCUCUGCACUUCCUCUUCCGGCUGCUUUUUCUCGUCUUCCUCUCCUCCGUCAUUCCCCUGCUUUCCUUCCUCGUGCCUCUUCUGUGUUUCGGCUUUCUCCACUCCGUUUGUCUCCUUCUGUCGCUGGAUUCGUCCUUUUCCUCACGAUGUUUUCGACGACGACGCGUGACCGGGCGCGGCCGUUCCACAAGCCUUCGAGGCUCUCGACCCUGUUGCCGUCGCGUUCGUCGUCCGCGUCCCCGCCCCGAGGUUCUCUCUCCAAGUUCCCUCCCUCGCGAGCGAUUGUCGGCUUGAGGAACUUCGGAAAUACGUGCUACUGCAACGCGCCACUGCAGGUCUUGUUUUCUUGUCAACAGUUCUGCCACCAUUUUCUCUCGCUGGUGCAUGCCCGCAAACAGGCUCACCCUUCCUCACCCUACCGCGGCCGACUCCUCGAAGCCUGGGUUGCCCUCCUCCACCACAUCUACACCCCUGCCCUCUCCAGUGGAGACGGCUUUGGAGACCGUUCCCAAGAGACCGGAGACACCUUUGCAGACAGCUCCAGCGACGCCGGAGACCGGCUGGGGGAACGCCUGCAGAGUUCCCGAGCUCGGCAAGCGUCCAGGAAAGAGACGAUCAGACACGACAAUUCGUCUCUGCAUUCGCGACCGCAGGGACUCUCUCUCUCGACAGGCAGCAGGGACUGCACAGACGGGCGGCAGUGCCCAGGACGCCUGCUCGGAGGCGACGGACCUGUCUCAGCGCCGGUGGAGGCCGGCGCGAGUCAGAGUUGUCUGAAGCUUCUGGAGCUCAUGCGGCGCCAGCAUGCACAGUUUGCAGAAUUUCAACAGUGCGACGCCCACGAGUUUCUGCGGACCUUUCUGGACGGCUUAUCUGCAGAGUGCAACGAGGCAGGCUGGGAGCAGAGUGCCGGAGUUCCCGGCCGCGCCGCAGGUCGAGGGUGUCCACGCCUAGAGCCGCAUGCAGGCGGAGAGACGCUUGAGGACGUCCGGGGCGAGGACCCGGCGCGGACCAGCGAACGGUUCUGGGCCGCGAACUUGGCUCGCGAAAGAUCUGUCGUCACGGACUUAUUUGCUGGCCAGCUGGCGACGAUCAUUGAGUGCGACAGAUGCAGACAGCGGCGACACCGCUUCGACUCAUUCCUCGAUCUGUCGCUCGAAUUCCCCGCCAACGACCUGCGAGGAGUUGCGCCCAGUGACGCGCCGCCCCCCGGCGCCGGUGGGGUCCUCCUCCAGGACAUGCUUCAACAUGCCUUCGGUGGAGAGACAUCCGACCGACAGGCCGUCGACUGUCCGUUCUGCGGGGUGAGGUGCACAGCCCACAUUCGCCGGUGUCUCUGGCGCCUGCCGCCAGAGUACCUCGUUCUCCACAUCAAGCGUUUCUCCUGGGAUCCCCGACUCGAGGACAUGCGCCGAAUCGAUACGCGCCUGAAAGUCACGCAGGAUCUAGACAUGUCCCCCUACUGCCGGUUCUCAGAGCAUGCAUCGGUGAAAAAUGCAGUGUUUAGACUCGAGGGCGUCGUCUCUCAACUCGGCACUGCCUACAGCGGCCAUUACACAGCCCUGGCUAUGACGGGAGGGGGUCGGUGGACCUACUUUAGCGACGACUACGUCAGUGCAUGCGAGUUCUCUCCAGACCCUAGGGGCGUCUAUCUGCUCGUCUUUCGCCGCGCUUCCAAUCUCCUGUCAGGCUCAGAUUCAACUGCCGUUCGUCGUUCGUCGCCCCCUGUGCAAGGUUUCUCACGGCCUCACGACACGGGCAAAGGCGGCUGCGCCAGUCGCUUGGUGCAUGCGCGAACCGCUCAGAACCAUCCGGGCCGAGGAGCCACCGGCAGAGACACCAGGGGAGACAGUUGCGGAGACACCAGCGGACCCCACAGGCGCCGCAGGAGCUCGAGCAGUCUGGAGACAGCCUUGGGCGUUCCGGUCGCCGAGGCUGCUUCGUCGAAGACGCGGUCGCCGCCCCUGAACGCUGAAAUUGUGCGAGGUCGACGCUGGACAGAAGCCAGCGAGCGCAGUGCGCCUGAAGAGCCAAAAGACAGGCCUGACGGUCGAAGAAGAGAGACAGAACAGAGGGAGUUGGAGGGGAGAAAGAGAAGAGAGAGAAGGCAGAGAAGCGAGGGAACUGCGGAAGACAAGAAAGGUGCAGAAAGGAGAGAGCUCGAGAGAGAAAGGAAUGAAGGUGGAGAACAAGGCGGGCGCCUUUGUCGAGUGUCGCUGUCUCGGAGUCGAGUUUUUCAGCGACGGUCGGAACAGGCAAGCGAAGCUGAAGUGACUGUUUCUCCCCACUCUUCGGAAAGUGAAGAGAGGCGCCGCCUCCCCGGAGGCCUGAGAGACAGACUGACUCUGCGCUGGAGACGCGAGGCUGCUGCAGAGCCGGAGAAGAGAGAACUCCCGAGAGCGAAACUUGAGACCUGUCCGACGUUCGAGACAGAAGUAGGGCAGCGCCUCGCCAUCAUGUCUCGCCGCCUUUCAGAGUCCUGCGCCGGGAGACACUUCGCGUCUGAAGAAGAGACUCGUUCUUGUAACAGUGAAGAAACUUGUGCCUCCGAGGAAGCGUGCGACAGACAAGCCACGAAAGGCUUCAGCGCUGCCUCUCGCUUUCGGUCCGCUUGCGCGCGUGAGAGUCAUACCCUCACUGUCUCCGAGCAUGCUGCCUCGCCCCUCCUGUGUCUAGAAACAGAGACACCCGACACCGGCGCAGAGACACCCCACUCCGCAGUGGCCGCGGAGCUGGCGGCCUCGCGACGGCCGCGCGCUCGGGGCAGGGAUCUCCCAUCGCGCUCCUCGGACGAAGACGCUGCGUCUGCAAGCACAGAAACGUCUUCUUCCGCUCUGUCAUCUCCCUCGUCCUCUCCGUUUUCCUCGCGACACUGGCUGUCUUCGAGGGGAGCCUCAGACAAAUUCGCAUCUUCUCUGCUUUUUCGCCGCAAACGUGGAGUUCCGGCCUCUCUGGCGACCGCGGCCAACGAGACCUCUUGCGACCUCCGCGCUUCGCUGCUGCCCGCCCAACCUCGCCCUGUCUCCUCGCCCGAUGGGCCUGUCUCCGAGGGCGCGGCGUCGGGGCCCGUGGGGCGCGCAGACAGUUCGCGGACGCAGGCGACGAGCGGGAGGCCGGACACGCCGCGGAGGCGGUUCGGCUUAUAUUCGGGGCGGCGGUGGCGAGCGGUUCGAGCGCCUGCCGAGUCUCCGAGUCGAUGCCGAGGGCAGGAGACUCCGGCAAGCAAUCCGAGCACUUGCGGCAGCGAGUCAGACGAGGAGGCGACGUCUUCUUCUCUGUGGUCGCGAGAGAGCAGGAAGCAGCAAGGACCGACUCUGGAGGGCGGGCAGCCUCUCCGAGAGUCGAGAGGCCUGAGAAGCAGGAAAAAGGAAUGUUCUCCGAGUUUUUCGAGAGGGAUCCAAGACUUGGUGAAUCGGCCAACGCUGCUCACAGGCAUGAGCAGAAUCGCGAGAAGAGGCAACUCCUCGAGGCGAUCUGGCCGCGCCGACUGCCGCGAGCAGUGUGGGGACACAGCGUCCUUUGAAAGAGACGCCGCGACGGGACUCGGAGACGCCCCUGGCUCCUCUUCGGCUGGCGCAUCCUCCCUUGCCCUUUGUCUCUCUUCAGUCUCCUCUUCGCGACCGUCCACAAGGCCUCACAACGUAGAGACUGCAACUGCGGGGGCCGUGUGUGGGGUGUCUCGAACUGGGCCGAAGCGCAGCCUGUCUUCUCUGCUGCGAGGGAGACCUCGUGUCCAUGCUUCGUCUACGUGCUCGUCGUCGGGCAGCUCGCCUUCUUCUUUGAAGCCAGGAACUUCGGGGAUAGGAGACAGAGGCGAAAGAAAGAGGGGAGAGAGGGGCGAAAGAAAGAGGGGAGAGAGACGCGACAGAAAGAGGGGAGAGAGAGGCGAAAGAAAGAGGGGAGACAGCUCGCCGGGGACAGGCGCGAGCCCAGAAGGGCAGCAGGUGGGGGGGGACGCCUCAAGGAAGUCACGGUCGCGCGGCCCGCUCGCGGCUCUGCGGUCGGCAGCGGCAGUGGCCUCGGGAGCUUUUGCGCGGGUGAAGACGAAAGAAGAAGAAGAGCGAGGAAGGGACGAUGCGACUCGGAAACAAAAGAGCAAAGAGAGGAACGAAGCGACGUCGGGGGGUUGGACCGGAGUCGUCAGUCUUGGGGACAGGCGAGUGCGGGGAGACGCCUUUGGCCUGGGCCUCGGCGCAGGCGAGAAGACCGACAGGGAGAACGAGGAAAGAGGACCAGAAAGAAGAGAGACACCGGUUGAAGGCGCAACGGACACCGGCGUCGAAACGCCGAGCACGAACGAUGGCAAGGCGGAUCCCCCGCGCGAGCCGUCGUCCUUCUCCCUCUUCGCGUCGGAAGGCUGUGGAGGUGUCCUUUCGGUCCAGGCGUCGAUUGGAGCCCAACUAGCGACGCCCGCUACCGCGGAGACACCUUUUGUGGACGCCGCGGCCCCGCCACCGCCGCCGUCGGAGAAGUCUGCAGUUCCUGCGCGGAUCGUGCGGACCGCGCCGCCUGUUUCCACGCAAGCCUCGCUUCCGAUUUCGGUUCCGCCGUCACCGCCACCGCCCUUACUGGAGGUGAAGUCUUUUCCACGUCGAAGCUCCGCGGCGUCCAUUGCCUCGAUAGGCCCUCCAUCUGCAUGCGCCCCCGGGACCUGCGACCUGCGGACUCCUGCGGGGGUCGUGGCUCCUGCUGUCUCCGCCGUUUCGCUGCAACCGGCGGCGUUCUCUCUCUCCAGAGACACCCGGUCGAUAGAGGGACAGGCGUGGAGCCGAAAGGAGACACGGCGGGAGAAACGUGAGCUGUGCGACAGGCAGCAAAGACGCGACUCGGCCGAGGAAGGCCCCCAGUGUCGGCUGUCUUCUGUGUCGCUGCGAAGCGCCCAGGCGACGUCUCCGGUGUCUCCCAUUUGCUCGAUGCCGCGGCGGGUGUCUGCGACGAACACCAGCGCGAGCACAGACGGUCGUGUGUCUGCGUCUUCGAUUUCUCAGGACGCUCCAUGCGGCGACUGUUACGCGUUCUGUCCUGCGGUCUCGCUCUCAGACACACAGGCUGCUUCUUUCGCACCCCCUCCGUUUGUCUCCUGUCCCUCGCACCGCCGCGCGCCGUCUCCUCGAGGGUCACCUUUCAGUGCGUCGAGCCUGGACUUUGGGAGGGCGUUUUCAACUGAACUUCUCUCUAGACAUGGAGACGCGGCGAGAGGACGCGCAGUCGGCGUUUCACAGCUCGCUGUCUUCGCAGGCAGAGCCGCAGGGGAGACACAGGAUACGCCACAGAGAGAGGACAUCGAGAGGGAAGAGCGGCAGAGCGACUCUACACACACGAGAGAACGGAGACAAGAAAAGAGAGAGGUGGUGUUGAAUGCGGUUGACCACCGACACGGGGAGACCUCGAGAAGCCUGCACUCCACGCAAGCCCGAGCCUUGUGGCGAUCUACUCCGCAUUCUUGUGAUCCCAGCCUUGCCUUCGUGGAGAAGCGAGGCGUGAGCACUGCGUCGCCCACAGACUCAAGUCGUUCAGAGCCGAUUGCUUCUGCUUCUGGCUUCGGCCGAGACCGGAGACAGCCGGAGGAUGGCGAGACGCGCGACGCCGCUUUGGCGGGGCUGAUGCAGGCGCGAGUUGACUUCGGGAGCGAAGGGGAGGAUACCUUCGUUGACCGCGAAGAAGCGAGGCCACAAGCAGUUUUCUCUUGUUCCCCUCUGCACCAGAGAAGCGGCUGCGGCGCCUUCGUUUCGCUGCUUGCCCUCGCAGCAGACGAGGCAGAGCUGCGGGCAGAGGAACUGCGACUUGAGGAAAGACUCAAGGCCCUGCAGGUCCUUGGAUGCCCCGCGGACUUCAUCGCGGCCGGCGACGGAGACAGAGAGACUGAAGAAGAUCGAAGUCCAAACGCGGCUGAUGGACUGGGCUCUGCCUUCUCCGCGGACCUUGGGCGAGGACGCAGCUGCGGCUCUGCUUGCUUCUCUUCUGCGAAUGUGAGAGAGGUCGAAGAAAACGAAGAGGCUUCUCUCGGGGCGGUGGAGAGCAGCGCGGCGCCGCCUGCGACCGAGGUGUCUCCUCGCCCUGCUGCUUCUGGCGGGUCUCCGCCGUCGCGCCUCGCAGGCGGAUUGGAGGAGAGGAGGCGCAGGAGAACCUCUGGAAAGAAGGAAGAAGAACAGCCGACCGACCAGACGCCAGGUGAGACGCCAGCGAAGGCGCGAGAGAGACGGUUCGAGGAAAGGCGUGGAGAUGAAGGAGGUGCAAAGAAGAGAGAGCGGUCGGCGGAGAGACCAGCGACAGCGAGACACCCCAGUGUGCAUCGGCGGAAUCGAGGGAAGCUCCAGUCUCCCCGAGAACUGGGCGCGGCUCUCCCCGUUCUUGAGGAGGACACAGAGAAGGAGAGAAAAGAGACCGAGCAGCCGCUUAGGUGGGGAGAACACGAGGGAGAAGACUGUCUCGGAAGAGAGACGAGGACGGAGAACGAGGGGGAGAAUAGGGAAGAAGAACCUCGGAAAGAAGAGACGCAGAAAGAGGAUACUGAACGAGACAAAGGAGCAGUGGGAAGCUGUGGGGGGACAGUGCCCUGUUUGUUGUUAGAGAUAUCCGACUCCGGUUCGCUUGCUUCGUGGAGUGGCUCGCGAAGCGAGGCUUCGAAAAAAGAGACAGGGGAGCUGGGCGCGCAGAGGCCUUCCAGCGGCUCAGCGAAAGAGGGCAAGAGCGAGGCUUCCGAAAAACGUUUCCUCUGCGUUUCAAAGCGCUGCCAGGAGACGUCUGCCCCGCCCGUGGGGACUUGUCGGACUCACGAGUCCAUUCAAGUUGCUGAUUCAGUCUCUUCUUCGGAGCCCCGCAUGUCUUCUUCUCUCUCCUCUUCCUCCACUUGUUUGAAUGUAGCUUCAGAAGAGAGAGUUCACAGGAUUGCCUUGGCUGGACAAAAGCGAGGAAAGGAGACAAAGCGAAGCGCCCUGGACUCUCACCAGACUCCCCUGCUGGCCUCGCCUUUCCCAGGCACUCGGCGGCUGGCGGGUGUGCGCGGAAAGGAAGCAGACAGAGAAGCGCGUCGUGGAGGAGAGCGAACGGGAGCCGACAGACGGCACGAACAGCCUACGAACGAGAGAGGAGAGUCGGCGUUCUUCAGAGACGCGCGCGUGGACGACACUCCAGAGACGGAGGGAGACGCAGGUGACGAUGAAAAAGCAGAAGACGAACGAGAGGAGGAAGCAGGAAUCUCUGAGAGUUCGACUCUGGUGGCUGCGAUGCAACGAAGAAAAGGAGAGUCGAACAACCUCCACGUUGCCGCAGCCACACGGGGGAGACGCGCGCACCCGACGGCCUUCCGGAACCGCUUGUUCGUCACCUAGGCCUCUCGAUGCCCGACUGCCUGCGCGCUGUCCCCACUGUCUCACGCCUCGUUCUGCUUCUGUUUCCUCGUUGUCUCGUCCAUUGUCGUUCCAUUCGUCUUCUUCUCGUUCGGUUCCUUCUUCGCGUUCUGUUUCUUCGCUUCCGCCGGAACCGUGUCGACCGACGCCGCCUGAGAGACGCACAGGCGCGCGGGUCUCCGUGGGGGCGUCUUGCGCAGGUUCCUGUCUUUCCUCGCUCUCUCCUUUGCGUCGUUUGAGUGACGCAGAGAGACGGAGAGAAGAGCAUUCGACAGAGAGCGACGCGGGAGCGCCGCUGGAAAACGCGUUGCCUGAAACAGCGAACGAGUUUUCUUUCGCUGCAGAUGCGUUGCCGCGCCUCAGAGACGCACAGCGAAGGCAGACCAGCCAGUCGACGAGAAACAAGCGUUUUUUUCUCUUCUGCGUUGACACUCGGGAGAGCGCUCGAUCCAACAAAGAGAGAAAUGUGGAGAAGGAAGAUAAGAACAGAGAGAAAGAAGAUACGAACAGAGAGAAGGAAGAUAAGAACAGAGAGAAGGAAGAUAAGAACAGAGAGAAGGAAGAUAAGAACAGAGAGAAGGAAGAUACGAAAAGAGAGAAGGAAGAUAGAAAGGAAGAGGAAGAAAUAAGUAUUUGGGGGAGAGAUGAGGAGGGGAAAAAUCACAUUACGUAUCAUCCUGUUGGCGCCUGGUCUCUCUGCUCUGGCGGGGGCGUUGGGAGUCUCUUGACGUUUCCAGGUGGAACGACGCAAAAAGCGGCGACUUUGCCUGCUUCGCGAGCGUCUCUCUUCCCCGCAACCGAGGAAGCAUCUUUUCUCUCCACAGACACCAGCCUUUCUUUCCUCUCACCUCGCGUUUCUUCCUCAUCUUGUUCUUCUCUCCCGUCCUCUUCUCUCUCCUGUUCUUCUUCUCCUUCUUCUUCUGGGGAUGCGCCGGGAGACCCGCGCGGGGGGCGUGUAGGACUCGGAGUACUGGAAGGCAUGCAGUCACAGACUGAUGGAGGCUCCUCCCUGGGAGAGAAAAGGAGACUCGGGGAUCGUUCGGAGACCCGCCUGCCUCCGGCUGCAGGCGUCGCCAACGCCGCAAAUCUCCUCCCUCCCCUCCUCCCGCCUUUAACUUGUUCCUCGCCUCUGCCUCCGCGACAUGCCGCCGUUGCCUGCGCCUCCCUGCCGGCCGUCUCCAACCUAAAUGGCGAUCUGAUACCCUCCCGCUCUUCUUCGCUGCGUCUCCCUUGUCGGAUUCCAUCCUUUUCUUCCUCCCGAUGAUCCUCGCUUUUUCGUCUCCUCAGUGAUCCUCUCUUCUUCAUCUUCUCCGCGUUCGCCUUCUGCUUCGCCUUCUCUUCCUUCUUCUGCUUCGCCUUCUCUUCCUUCUUCUCUUUCACCUUCUCUUCCUUGAGGGAUAUCUGCUUCGCGAUGUCGUGCUGUAGAGGGCGUCGGUUCGUGACGUUUUCUCUUUCGGCGCGGCGAUGUCGGCGAAGCUCGGCAGUUCGGAUGGCGCGCGAAGAGGGAGGAACGAGAAGACGCGAAAUGCGUCUCCGCGAUGAGACACAGCACUCGAGAAAAGCGGGGAGUCUCUUUGAAGAAGUUAAAGAGAAAGCCACAGCCCGGUCGAGAGAAGAGGACCAGGAAAUCUGAAAGAAAUGGGGAAAGAAGAUAUCUCAGAGCAGUCAGAGGAGACGAAGGGGAUUCCAAAAAAGGGGGACUUCUCAACUCUUUGCGGGGCUUCAGACACAGGGCACAAGCCAGGUUUCCUCCGUGGUUUGUGUUCACCCUGAUGGCGCAUGCGUUCCAGAAGCGUUCCGGGUGUUCGAUUUCUCCGGGGAUUUGUGAAGUAAAACCUAUCAGAAGUUUCAUGCAGAGGAGUGAACCUGAGCAUGUCCUCUUGUCCGGUGAAGCAGUUGCGCGUCCGCAUCUCUGUCAGUCUCCUGCAACAUGGAGAAACAGACGCGAAAGUGAGGCGUCUGGCCUGCAGUGACAGAACGCGUAAACGAACUCUCCUGUGGGGCUUGGGUACGUCUUUCGACGCCUCCGAAUUGCCCUCUCUCGCGAGCGGUCGAAGUUCAGAGACAUGGCUGAAGAAGUCUGCAGUCGUUUCAAGAGAAAUCUAAACCUUUUCCUUGAGCUAGGUAGUUGCGUCGAAAACGCGCCGCAGGACGCCUUGACAGAAACCACACUCAGCUGUUCAAAGGAUAAAUGGCCAACUUUGUUUCGGCCUAGACACAUUCCACAGGCGAAAAGCUCCUCCGCCUCUUUGCUGCGACUCCCUAAAAACGCAGGAAACCGACAAACAAGAAAAAACGAACAACGAGAACACACAGACACUGCUGGACUCGAACAGGCCCCUGUCUCUAUUGCUUCCCUUCAUCCACAC